AUGGAACCUAUUAAGAAAGACAUGAUGUCUCUCCUCCUAAGCUUCCUGAUCGUCAUCACAGACUCUGGUUGCCAUGCUUACCAGGUGUUUGAAUAUUCUUUUACAACCUACGCCUGUGAGAAUCCAUCCCACGUCUUAAAUCCUCUAAAUGCUGAGGUCAUUCUACUGUCUUAUCAAGGAGGAGACAUCAGAUGCCACCAAAUAUCUUUUUCUUCACUUACUGACCCCGACCUUUUGACCUUUGAACUGAUGGUUAAUCCUCUGUAUCAUGAAGAUCCAGAUUGUUCCAUUUCAUUAAUAUACAAGGCCUUGAGAAAAGCUGAACCAUUAACUACUUAUAACUGUACUAAACGUGCAGUCGAGAAAUAUUUUAUCCAAAUGAGGAGGAACUCAACAUUCUAUGUUGAAGUACAAAGUCACAAACCAAACCAAGAAAGGUCUCGAUUCAAAUUGAAACUGAUACCAAGGGAUGCUAUUUUCAAAUCUGAAGAUACGAUCGGAAUAAUAGCAGGUGGAACAAUAGGGGGCUUACUCUUCAGUAGUUUGAUCGGGUUCGGAGUUUGCAUUUUCAGGAAAAGACAAAACCAGCAGAAGACUUCAAAGAAUGAGAAAUUACCCAGUAUGAUAAAAUGA